GGAGGAGGGGGCGGGGAGGGAAGCGGAGGCAGGGAGGUCUAGGCCAGCCGGCGGUGGCGGCGGCGAGGCCAGCACUCGGGCCGAGGGCCUGCUGUGGCGGCAGCGGCGGACGCUGAGCUCUGCAGCGGGUUUCUCUGGAAACCCCCCUGGUAAGUGUGGAGGAGGAGGGACACUCUGACCCAAGACAAAAGGCCUGUAGCUCCAGCCAAAGAAAAUAAACCUUAGGAGGGAGAAGGAAAAAAAAAAAAACCGUCAGCUGUUCCUGAGAACAGCCUGCAGUGGAAUCUACAGAGAGGACGACUAAUGUGAGUGAGGAAGCAACUGUAUGGACGGUGCAGACAGUAGGUCACGUGGGCCCUCAGGGCCGGGACUGCGUUAGGAGCAGUCGCACUUUCUGAGGUGAGGUGUCGAGAAGGGAAAAGUGAAUGUGGUCUGGAGCGUGGCCUUGGCUCCGCGGGGUGUGCUUUCCUCUGAGGCCGUCAGGGAGCUCAGCGCCUUUGUUCUGCCAGGGUGGGGUACAGGGUUUGGCACUGAGGAGGGUAACUUACUGGCUGGAGCAGCAGAGCAGUGGCCUUGAUUUGCCUUUCAGAAGAUUUAAAAACCAAAAAGCAUAAACAUUCUGGUCCUUCAGCAAUGCUUUCUCUGAAGAAAUACUUAACGGAAGGACUCCUCCAGUUCACCAUUCUGCUGAGUUUGAUUGGGGUGCGGGUGGACGUGGAUACUUACCUGACCUCACAGCUCCCCCCGCUCCGGGAGAUCAUCCUGGGGCCCAGUUCUGCCUACACUCAGACCCAGUUCCACAACCUGAGGAAUACCUUGGAUGGCUAUGGUAUCCACCCCAAGAGCAUAGACCUGGACAAUUACUUCACUGCCCGGCGGCUCCUCAGUCAGGUGAGGGCCCUGGACAGGUUCCAGGUGCCGACCACUGAGGUAAACGCCUGGCUGGUCCACCGGGAUCCGGAGGGGUCUGUCUCUGGCAGCCAGCCCAGCUCAGCCCUCGCCCUCGAGAGUUCCAGUGGCCUCCAAGAUGUGACAGGCCCAGACAACGGGGUGCGAGAAAGCGAAACGGAGCAGGGAUUCAGUGAAGAUUUGGAGGAUUUGGGGGCUGUAGCCCCUCCAGUCAGUGGAGACUUAACCAAAGAGGACAUAGAUCUGAUUGACAUCCUUUGGCGACAGGAUAUUGACCUGGGGGCUGGGCGUGAGAUUUUUGACUAUAGUCAUCGCCAGAAGGAACAGGAUGUGGAUAAGGAACUACAAGAUGGAGCGGAGCAGGAGGACACCUGGCCAGGCGAGGGUGCAGAAGCUCUGGCGCGAAACCUGCUAGUGGAUGGAGAAACUGGGGAGAGCUUCCCUGCACAGGUGCCUGGUGGGGAGGACCAGAGGGCCCUGUCCUUGGAAGAGUGCCUUAGGCUGCUGGAGGCCACCUGCCCCUUUGGGGAGAAUGCUGAGUUUCCGGCAGACAUUUCCAGCAUAACAGAAGCCGUGCCUAGUGAGAGUGAGCCCCCAGGUCUUCAAAACAACCUCUUGUCUCCUCUCUUGACGGGGACAGAAUCACCCUUUGAUUUGGAACAGCAGUGGCAAGAUCUCAUGUCCAUCAUGGAAAUGCAGGCCAUGGAAGUGAACACAUCAACAAGUGAGAUCUUGUACAAUGCCCCUCCUGGAGACCCACUGAGCACCAACUACAGUCUUGCCCCCAACACUCCCAUCAAUCAGAAUGUCAGCCUGCAUCAGGCGUCCCUGGGGGGCUGCAGCCAGGACUUCUCACUCUUCAGCCCUGAGGUGGAGAGCCUGCCUGUGGCCGGCAGCUCCACGCUGCUCCCGCUGGCCCCCAGCAAUUCCACCAGCCUCAACUCCACCUUUGGUUCCACCAACCUGGCAGGGCUCUUCUUUCCGCCCCAGCUCAAUGGCACAGCCAAUGACACAGCAGGCCCUGAGCUGCCUGACCCGCUGGGGGGUCUGCUAGACGAAGCCAUGCUGGAUGAGAUCAGCCUGAUGGACCUGGCCAUUGAAGAAGGCUUCAACCCCGUGCAGGCCUCCCAGCUCGAAGAGGAAUUUGACUCUGACUCAGGCCUCUCCUUGGACUCCAGCCAUAGCCCUUCCUCCCUGAGCAGCCCUGAAGGCAGCUCUUCUUCCUCCUCCUCCUCCUCCUCCUCUUCCUCUUCCUCCUCCUCCUCUGCUUCUUCCUCAGCCUCUUCCUCCUUUUCUGAGGAAGGCGCCGUUGGCUAUAGCUCUGACUCUGAGACCCUGGAUCUGGAAGAGGCUGAGGGAGCUGUGGGCUACCAGCCUGAGUAUUCCAAGUUCUGCCGCAUGAGCUACCAGGAUCCGUCUCAGCUCUCCUGCCUGCCCUACUUGGAGCAUGUGGGCCACAACCACACGUACAACAUGGCGCCCAGUGCCCUCGACUCCGCUGACCUGCCACCACCCAGCACUGUCAAGAAAGGCAGCAAGGAGAAGCAGGCCGACUUCCUAGACAAGCAGAUGAGCCGGGAUGAGCAUCGAGCCCGAGCCAUGAAGAUCCCCUUCACCAAUGACAAAAUCAUCAACCUGCCUGUGGAGGAGUUCAAUGAGUUGUUAUCCAAAUACCAGCUGAGCGAGGCCCAGCUGAGCCUCAUCCGUGACAUCCGGCGCCGGGGCAAGAACAAGAUGGCGGCGCAGAACUGCCGCAAGCGCAAGCUGGACACCAUCCUGAACCUGGAGCGGGAUGUGGAGGACCUGCAGCGCGACAAAGCCCGACUGCUGCAGGAGAAGGUGGAGUUCCUCCGGUCCCUGCGGCAGAUGAAGCAGAAGGUCCAGAGCCUGUACCAGGAGGUGUUCGGGCGGCUGCGGGAUGAGAAUGGGCGACCCUACUCACCCAGUCAGUAUGCGCUCCAGUAUGCCGGGGAUGGCAGUGUCCUCCUCAUUCCCCGCACCUUGGCCGACCAGCAGGCCCGGCGGCAGGAGAGGAAGCCAAAGGACCGGAGGAAGUGAGCCUGGGGAGGAAGAGGGGUUGACGCUCACCAAGAUGGAAACUGGAGAAGGGCUGGGCCUGGACCUGGACCUACAGUGGGGACUUUCAUGCCUUCUUAUCCAAUAGAUCUUCUCAGAUGGGAUGACUGCGGGUCAGUGGACAGGAAGAGGCAGGCGCAGGCGCUGUCUGGCUCAGCUUCCCUCACUGCGGGAGGUGGAAGUGGCCAGACUGUUUGGGUGGACAGGGUCUUCACCCCUACUCCUUUUCUUCGAGGGAAGGGGUGCUGCUGGCAUUGCUAGAGGCCAAAAGAGGAAGGAAGGGACUUGUGAGAGGAGAGGAAAGUAGAAGAAAGUCUCAUUCCUGGAAGGAAGGAAGGACAGAAGGAAGGAAGGGAAAAACCCCAAAAAAAUCAAAGCGGGAAGAAAACCAAAGAGCAGGUUAAGGUUGGCUCUGGCCAGGAUUCCAGGCAGCAGGUUUUAGGUGGAAGUAGGUCAUUGGUGUGAAUAAACCCCACUUCACCCCAGGGAGGGGUGGUGCACUGACAGGGUGGGUUCAGGGAGGGGCUUUGUGAACUCUUUUCUGCUCCUGUGCUUUGGCAUCCCUGAAGGGGCGCUCUCGGAUAUCUCUGUAGUGUUUCAAUCCUAGGGGAGCCACUGGGACCCAACACUGACUUGGAGGGUUAGGGUCAAAGGGGAGAGGGAACAGAAAAGGAUCAUGAGGCCCGUGUUGCAGCAGCCCCAGCACCAAGCAUGUCACUCACUGCCCUGCCACUCCAUCUCCCUCUGCCCGGUCACCCCUGAGCUGAGGCUCCCCCAUCUCCAUCAGAGCCUGCAUGUGAAUGCUGUUCUCUUCCUGCCCGCGUGCCUGCCCUCACUGGCUGCCUGCAGCUCUUCUGCAGCUGGGGUGCUGCCAGUGCCCCCAGUGCUGGGCCUGCCACCUUCCUCUUGUGGGGGCUGCUCUGAGGCAGGGGGCUGAUGUGGAGAAGCCAGGCAGUAUUCAGCACAACUCUGGGGAGUGACCCUUCCCUCAGGCCUCCCCUCCUAACAACUGGGCUUGUCACUGGAGAAAACAAAAACCACAAAACCCGGCAACAAACAACAAAACUAGUCCUCUUAGAGUUUCUUGCGCUUUGAUUUUUUAGGGCUUGAGCCCUGUUUCACUUAUAGGGUCUAGAAUGCUUGUGUUGAGUAAAAAGGAGAUACCCCAAUAUUCAAAGCUGCUAAAUGUUCUCUUUGCCAUAAAGACUCCGUGUAACUGUGUGAAACACUUGGGACUUUUCUCCUCUUGUCCUGAGGUCUCCGUCUGCUUUCUUUUUUGGGUUUCUUUCUAGGAGAAUGAGAAGUGCAUGUAAUGGGGACUGAGAGCGCCCCCCUCCCCAGGCUCUAGGCCACAGGCAGCUUCUCCGCACCCCCAGCUUAGUAGGGGCUCCCGGAGGACUGCCUGGGGGAGGCAGAGAGGGGAGUGCCAAGGUGGCCAGAUGGUUCCAGGACCACAGUGUCUUUAUUUUUAACUGUUUGCCACUGCUGCCCCUACCCCUGCCCGGCUCUGGAGUACUCUCUGCCCCAGACUAGCAGGAGUGAGUUCAGGGGGGGGCGCUGAUUCUCCCCGCAGUGUUGGGGGGGGGGGGGGGGCAUACCUUCUAACUGAGCAGUAGGGAUAGAAGGCACGAGCCUGGGAACUGCUUUUAUAAAUUAUUUUCCUUGUAGAUUUUAUUUUUAAUUUAUCUCUGUGACCUGCUAGGGAGAGGAGAGAGAGAGAGAGAGAGAGAGAUGCUGUGAGCACAUGACAAAAUAAAAUAAAAUAAAAUGGAUGAUUCAUUCUGAAGUGCAAUUUUU